AUGGCGUGUUCUUUGCUACCCUUACCUCUACGCCCUUCUCCACCUCCCAAUUCCUACCAUUUCUUUUCUCAUCAACACCACUUAAUUGCCUCGUGUUUUUCCCGCUCCCGCCCCUAUUACCACUACUCUCAGUCUCAACAACAAGGCCGCCGCCUCCUCCUCAAUAAUAACAAAUCUAAUGGCCUGCUCUUCUUUGUCCCCUCAAUUCACCCAUCACUCACUCAUUAUCCACUCAAACCCUAUCCUGCUCCUGCUCCUGCUCUUGACUCCGAUGCCCCACGCCCCACUCACCAGACAUCAGAUAAGUUGAAGAAAAGUAACAGUUUCGAGCAAUGGGAUUGGUUGACUGCAAAAUUUGCGGGAGCUUCAAAUUUACCAUUUCUGUUGCUGCAACUGCCCCAGAUCAUACUCAAUGCUCGUAAUCUUAUGGCAGGAAACAAGUCCGCACUCUUGGCAGUUCCAUGGCUGGGGAUGUUCACUGGGUUGCUUGGGAAUCUUUCGUUACUAUCAUACUUUGCAAAGAAGAGGGAAACGGAGGUGGUGGUGGUACAGACAUUAGGAGUUGUAUCCAUAUAUGUGGUGAUUGCUCAGCUGGCUAUGGCCGAAGCGAUGCCUCUCCCUCAUUUUGUCAUCACUUCUUUUGUGGUUGCUUCUGGUCUCAUUUUAAAUUUUUUGUAUUACUUUGAGUUGCUCAAUCUGGGAAUCUGGCGCUUUUGGGAAGAUUUCAUUACCAUUGCUGGGCUCUCUGCACUUCCCCAAGUCAUGUGGUCAACAUUUGUCCCGUAUAUUCAAAACAGUAUCUUGCCAGGGGUGAUGGCUUUCAUCAUAGCCGUUGUGGCUGUUAUUAUGGCUCGAUUGGGCAAACUCUCAGAAAAUGGCAUCAAAUUUGUUGGAUCAAUAUCUGGAUGGACUGCCACACUUCUCUUUAUGUGGAUGCCUGUUGCACAAAUGUGGACAAAUUUCUUGAAUCCGAAUAACAUCAAAGGUUUAUCGGCUAUCUCAAUGCUGCUUGCCAUGAUUGGGAAUGGACUUAUGAUCCCACGGGCACUCUUUAUUCGGGAUUUCAUGUGGUAUGAUUGUUUUUCCUCUCAAAACUUUAUUGCUCUAGUUUAG